CAGCAGCAGAAGCAGCAGCAGCAGUAGCAGUAGCAGUAAUGGCAGCCGGGCGGUGAGACACAUGUCACAACAGUCUGUGAGCCGAAAAACAUUAUCGCUGGGGCCGAGAGACGACACUUAAACAAAAUGUCUCGGCACAGAAACGUCCGAGGUUAUAACUACGAUGAAGACUUUGAAGAUGAUGACAUGUAUGGGCAGUCUGUGGAUGAUGACUACUGCUGUAUAUCACCAGCAACAGCGAAUCAGUUCAUCUACUCGCGUCAAGAGAGGCAGCCACCAAAAGAAGAGCCUUUAGAAGAGGAAGAAUAUGAAGAUGAAGAUGUUCCUAUGUCCCCUACCAUCAGUCACAACCUUGACCCUCUUGAUCAAGCCAAGCUGUAUUCUUGUCUGGAUCAUAUGCGGACAGUGCUGGGAGAUGCAGUGCCAGAUUCAGUCCUCAGCCAGGCAGCCAUAAAAUAUGGAUUUGACCCACAGAGGGCACUGGAUGCAGUCCUGUCUGAAGACACUAAAACAGCCCCUGUUAAAAGAAGUACCAAUGAGGAGACAGCUUCGGUAGCAGGAGUUAGCCAAGAGAAAGCGCCACUUCCACAAAGAACCAAACGAGAGCCCGUGGCUGACAAAGCUAAAAGCCGAGAUGCGUCACACAAUAAACUGGAGUCUGAGGUGGUACCCAAAGUGGCUCGAAUGACUGUCUCUGGCAAGAAGCAGACCAUGGGCUUUGAUGUUCCCAGCACAGCGGAGAACGGCAGCGUCACUGCUUCGGUUCGCCGUGGCGGCAGUCCUGAAAACGCAAACGUGACGCCCGCCACAGAGGCCACCUCCAAACGUCCUGAGACCCCGUCUAAAGGCUCGAAUGGAGACGAGCCCUCCCCAGUUCCCACCCCAGGCCGCAAGUCCCGUCAAGCACUCAAUAUCAAGGCUGAGCUAGAGAAGAGACAGGGGGGCAAACCUCUGUUAAAUCUGGUAGUUAUAGGUCAUGUGGAUGCAGGUAAAAGUACGCUGAUGGGCCACCUGCUUUAUCUGCUGGGCAACGUCAACAAACGUACCAUGCACAAGUACGAGCAGGAGUCAAAGAAGGCGGGCAAGGCCUCCUUCGCCUACGCUUGGGUGCUGGAUGAAACUGGCGAGGAGAGAGACAGAGGUGUGACAAUGGAUGUAGGCAUGACCAAGUUUGAGACGAACUCUAAGGUGGUGACCUUAAUGGAUGCGCCUGGACACAAAGACUUCAUCCCCAACAUGAUCACAGGAGCUGCACAGGCCGAUGUGGCCGUGCUUGUGGUGGAUGCCAGCAGAGGAGAGUUUGAGGCGGGCUUCGAGGCCGGGGGUCAGACCAGAGAGCAUGCCCUGCUGGUGCGUUCGCUGGGCGUCACUCAGCUCGCUGUGGCCGUCAACAAGAUGGACCAGGUAAACUGGCAACAAGAGCGUUUCCAAGAAAUCAUCUCCAAACUUGGCCAUUUCCUCAAGCAGGCGGGAUUCAAGGAGUCUGAUGUUUUCUACAUCCCCACCAGCGGCCUGUCAGGAGAAAACCUCGCCACCAGGAGUUCAGUUUCACAGCUCACCUCCUGGUACUCUGGUCCCAGCCUGCUGGAGCAGAUUGAUGCCCUCAAAUCUCCUCAGAGAUCUGUAGACAAACCUUUCAGACUGUGUGUCUCAGAUGUGUUCAAAGACCAGGGUUCAGGCUUCUGUGUAACAGGGAAGAUCGAGGCAGGUUACAUUCAGACUGGGGACAGAAUACUGGCUAUGCCUCCUAAUGAAACCUGCACUGUCAAAGGAAUUACUCUACACGACGAGGCUCUGGACUGGGCUGCAGCAGGAGACCAUGUCAGCCUGACAGUCACCGGCAUGGACAUCAUCAAGAUCAAUGUGGGCUGUGUGUUCUGUGAUCCUAAGGAGCCUAUUCGAGUCUGUACUCGAUUCAGAGCCCGAAUCCUCCUCUUCAACAUCGAGGUCCCCAUCACACAAGGCUUCCCAAUAUUGUUGCAUUACCAGACAGUCAGUGAGCCGGCCACCAUUAGGAAACUGGUUAGCGUUCUACACAAGAGCAGCGGUGAAGUCCUCAAGAAGAAACCAAAGUGUUUGAGUAAGGGUAUGAACGCCAUUGUGGAGAUCCAGACCCAGAGGCCGGUGUCAUUAGAGCUGUACAAGGACUACAAGGAACUGGGCCGCUUCAUGCUGCGAUACGUAGGCUCCACCAUUGCUGCUGGUGUUGUCACUGAGAUCAAAGAAUGAAGACCCAUUUCCAUCAACACAGAGCCGGUCAGGGCUUGCUCUGGAGACUGCAUGCAGCCAGAGACAAAGUGCAAUUCCUCAAAGAGAUGUCACUCAUGGACCCAGAGCAUCACAACUAUCCAUCCAUCACUCCAUCCAAUGCAGUAGCUGCUUCACCUGACCGCUCCCGGCAACACUGACUGCACAGAUACCGACCAUUUGGCGAGAUGCCUGAUAUCCUGACACAGUGAUGCUGAGCACCCAGCUACCCCCCGCUUCAAAUUCACUUCAAACCAUUCACCUGUCAGUAAAACCUUAUUGCUCUCAAAUCUCUUGUUUGAUCAAGCCAAGUCAAUAAUACAAUCAGACUCUGGAAGACGAUGCUACCACGCUGAGAUUUCCACAGUGGUUCAUUUCACUGUUCUCUCCUCGAAGGAGCUAUGGCUGGUCAUGAAUUCUGACUUAAAGAUUUUGAAACCUGAUGUAGAUCAGCUGUGGUAUUAAGAUGACAUUUGCUUUCUGCUGUAUUUAAAGAGUGAAAGAACAAGUCCACAUUUCUCCCUUACUGUAUGUAAAACCUAAUAUGAGGAAUGAGGAUUCUGCAUCCUGUUUACAUCACAACUUUUAUCCAUAAUAAGGCUCUUCUAAUCAAAACUGCUGACCUGAAGUAACUAAUUUUAAAUUUAGACAGAAAUGAAAGAAUGUGGCGUUAUGUCAUGUGGGAGUUGAGGGCAAAAUGUUUAUUUUUACUUUUAUUUUUUUACCAUUAAUAUGUCUGCAUCUCAAAUUACAUAGCUAACGGGACAUGGUCUACAAAGACAUUUAAAUGUGUACUCUAAUUAAGAUAGAGUAGUUUGAGAACAAAAAAGGGAAACUUAAAUUUCCACUUCCAUUUGGAGAAAGAGACAGAAUUCUCAUUUAUAGAGAUAAUUACUUGAAAUGCUUCUGCAAAGGAGAUGUUCAGUAAAGCAGCAAAAUGCUUUUAGAAGGGCUUUUUUUUAUUUUAAUUUCUUACAAAAGAAAGACUCAGCUGAAUGGAGGUGGGAGGUUGUCGAUGGAGCUGUAUUUCUGUUUCUCCAUGUGUGAAAAAAGAUGAUGCAAAAUGAACAUGACAUCAGUAA